ACAAAUAAAAAAAGCAGAGAAUAAAACAAACAAAAAAUACACGAAGCAGAGUAAGAUACACAGAACCGUAGUCCAUAACCAUAGCCAUAGCCACCUUCCUUUAAACCAAUUCCUCAACUGUUUCCCACCCUUCUAUUCAUCUCUUCUUUCCAAAAAGAAUAGGUGCAUAAAGUCUAGUGGCCUUUGAUCUGAUCCUUUCUAGAGAAUGAAACUAUCAAUGGUAGUUUUGAAACUAUCAAUGGUAGUUUUGAUUAAAUAGCAGAAGAAUUACUGGAAAAUGGGAGGUUGCUGUUGUUCUGCCAGAAAACCUCAUCUGCAAGGAACACCAGUGUAUUACUAUUGCCCACCAACUUUUGAAGAGCGGGAGUCUUUAACAUUUAAUGAUGGCACAACUCCUUCACUGAAUGCUGGAUUUCUAGUUGGUUUGAACCUGGAAGUAUCCAAUCCUGAUACUUUCCGGCCCCCACCUGUGCCUCUACCUUAUGAUACCAUCCUGGGAGGUUCUGCAUCAACAGAUUCUGAAUCUGGCAGAGAAACAGUUAGUAGUUUUGAAGCUUUAAUUACACAUGAAGAUAGUGAAGAGUCAGAUUGUAAAGCCCAAGUAAAUUCUGCACCUAUAUCUCCAAGAAAGGCAGAACUAUCAAAAUCAAAUGAAUUUCAAGUAUUAGUGACAGAGGAAGAGGAUGUCUGUCCAAUUUGUCUGGAAGAAUAUGAUGUUGAGAAUCCUAGAAAUUUGACAAAAUGCGAACACCAUUUUCACCUAUGUUGCAUUCUUGAGUGGAUGGAAAGAAGUGACUCCUGUCCUAUAUGUGACCAGGAGAUGAUAUUUUGACCAGACAAUGAAUUAGUUUGAUUGUUUUAAAAUCAAAGCAUAUUAAAUGCAUGGAAGAUAGAUGAAGUUCAUUGUAUGAUUACUGGUUAGAUGAUUAUAGCUACAGAUUCAUUUUCAUUCCGCGAUGCAUAGACAAAGUUAUAAUUUUAGUAGGCCCACUCAUUGGGUAUCUGUGAGAAGAUGAAUGAGGCUUUGACAGAAUGCUACACCUUAUAGCCUGUCCCUUUGAAUGCAGCUCCUUUGGUCAGAAUUUGCCAUUUAGUAUUAGUGAAAUGAUGCUCCAUUUCUCUAUAUGCCGACAUUCAUGUUCACAGAUGGAUUCUUUCCAUUUUCUUGUUAAAGUUUCUCAAUACUUUUUUUUUUCUGCUUUUGAGGGAGGGGUGUUAUGCAUAAUUCAGUAUUUUUGUUGUAUUUGUAAUGAGUAGUGAACAAGUAUAGAAUAAGACCCUUUUUCUAUUAAAUUUUAUUUUCCAUUAAUACUUCUUAACUCCAAUUAUCAAUAUCACUAGUAAGGAAUAACCUGUUCUUUUCCUCUC